GUUAACUUCUCAGUUAGGUAUGAUAAAGAAUUCUGUAUGUAUAAAAUAUUUUCUAGGGAGCAUCAGCAUACAUUUAAAGGAGACCGGGACUUUGAAGUUUGAAAGGUUGACUGAUGAUCAACGAGGGGCUAACUAUUCACUUUAUCAUCUUCAUUAAUCUUCCGAAAACUCAAGUUUAUCGAUGCACGAUUCAUUAGAUUCUAAUUACCGAGACAGUUGUGAUGAAGCGCUUUUGAGCUCCACUUGUCCAUUCAAAACAGAGAUGCCAGAACCAGCUCUUGGAUGGCCUCUUCAGAGACUAACUGUUAGUCCUCUGAGGCUGAGCCAGGAAGCUCGCCGAAAAUCGGAUAGCUUCGACAUGUUUUCCGAGAGAGAGGAUGAUGAAUCACCGUUGUCGAGGCCGGGUUGGCCUCUCUUGCGGAUAGCAGCUGCCUCAGCGGAAACUAUGAGUACCACUCCUAUGAGAGAAUUCAAAUCCAGAGAAAACAUGUCCGUGGUACAGUGGGUGAUGAUGGACCUGCCUAGGCGUCGAUUUCUUUCGGUAAAUUCACAGCCGCAGGAAGGUGAUGAAAUUUGCUCGACAGUAGCACCAACACAGCUUUCUGAUGAAUUGGAGUUUCUCACCGCAGAAAACUCAGAAGGUUGCAAGGUUUUCAGCUACGCGGAACUUAGUAGCGCAACUUGUCACUUCUCGACAGAAAAUCUUAUCGGCGAGGGAGGGUGCAGCAGCGUGUACAAAGGGUGCCUUGGAGGCGGAGAAUCAGUGGCGGUCAAGGUUCUAAAAUCGUACAAGGAAGCUUGGAAUGACUUUUUCUUGGAAGCCAAGUUUGUUUCUUCAAUUCAGCACAAACACAUCACUUGUCCAAUUGGUGUAUGCAUGGAAGAUGGCAACCUUAUUUUGGUCUAUGACCUCUUUCCCAGAGGGAGCUUGGAAGGAAACUUGCACGGUUGCAGUGAUGGACUUAUACUUCCAUGGAGCGUGAGAUUCAAUGUGGCGGUUGCAGUUGCAGAGGCUCUAACUUACCUGCACAAUGAGUGCCCUCAGCCGAUCAUUCACCGAGACGUUAAAUCCUCAAACAUUCUUCUCUCCGACGACCUUCAGCCGCAGUUAUCUGAUUUCGGGCUUGCUACAUGGGGACCGAUGGAUUCUGGUUGCGUGAUAAGUAGUGAUGUGGUGGGAACUUUUGGAUACAUUGCUCCGGAAUAUUUCAUGCAUGGGGUGGUGAGUGACAAGAUUGAUGUUUAUGCCUUCGGCGUGGUUCUCCUCGAACUAUUAUCUGGUCGAAAGCCGGUCGAUGCCGAGGCUCUGAAAGGACAAGAGAGUUUGGUCAAGUGGGCAAGACAUUCGUUAGAUAUUAUGGAUCUUAAGGCAUUGCUGGAUCCAAAGUUAAACGGAGACUACGAUGCGGCCCAAAUGCGUAGAAUGGUAAUGGCAGCAGGGCUUUGCAUAAACCAGUCGCCUCGUCGUCGACCGGAAGCGAGACAAGUACUGAAGCUACUAACGGGAGAGACGGACGCAAAAGAGUGCGUCGAUCUUCAUGCGGUGAAAUCGAGCGACGCGUGCUAUCAAGAUGAAGAUGACAACCAAUUCCUGGAAAUCGGGCAUCUUUCGGUUUCCGCUAUGUCUGAUACAAAUGAUGGGAGCAUCAGCAGAUCAAGUUCAACUGAUACUGCAUCUAGUGCAGAGAAACCACACCGGUACAAGUUGAAGGACUACUUGCUUAUCCCUGACCGGUAUUCUUUGCGUGAAAUUUCUCCGAUAAACAUGUAAUAUGUACAUACAUAUAUAUGCAGAGAACUCUGCUGAAAUUUUGAGCUCAGCAUCGAACAAUUUAAUUACAGAAAAAGAACAAAAAGGAGACCGGUGUUUUUCGUAUGAA